CUUAACUAGUGACUGUUUUCGGGCUUUGCCAAUUUAAUCAUAAGGCUGUAAAUUAAAACCUAAAUCUUGGCUAAACAAUUUAUCUUUUUGUGUGAUAAUGAUGCGAUAUAUAAAUCCUACAAAUGUAUCUCAAUAGCAGUGUUUCUGGGAACUAGCUCAACAAGAACAUGAAAAUCAUUCUAGUACUCGCGGCUUUUGCCGCUGUUGCCACGGCUGCUCCGGCAGUUGAGUCCGACCGCAUGUUGCUCGACCUUAUUAAAGCUAUUAUUAACAAAUUCAGCAGUUCUCCCAUCUCUGUUGGUCCGGCUAUAAUUGAAGGAAGCCCAAUCUCUGUUGGCCCCGCUAUUAUAGAUGACCCUAUCUCUGUUGGUCCCAUCAUCGUUGAAGAACCAAGCCCAAUCCAAGUUGGACCUGCUAUAGUUGAAGAACAAAGCCCAAUCCACGUUGGCCCCGCCAUCGUUGAAGAAGAAAGUCCAAUCUCUGUUGGACCCGCCAUCAUAGAUGAACCGACUGUCGUUGGUCCCAUCAUUGUUGAAGAAGAAAGCCCCAUUUCUAUUGGACCUGCAAUCAUUGAAGAACAAAGUCCAAUUCAGGUUGGCCCUGCCAUUAUCGAAGAACAAAGUCCAAUUCAAGUUGGCCCUGCCAUCAUCGAAAGCCCGAUCUCUGUUGGACCAGCCAUCGUUGAAGAAGAAAGCCCAAUCUCCGUUGGACCCGCCAUUGUUGAAGAAGAAAGCCCAAUCUCCGUUGGACCCGCCAUCGUUGAAGAAGAAAGCCCAAUCUCUGUUGGACCCGCCAUCGUUGAUGACGACUUCCCUGGUGUUAUAACUCUCCCAGCCAUUCCUGAUGUUGAGGACAGUGAUGACACUCCCAUCACUAUCAACGUCCCCGGUGGUCCCACUAUCAAUAUUGUUAUCAACGUAAAUUCUGCUCAAGAACACGAAGAAAUCGAGCCCACUCCUAUUAUUGUUGUCGAUGAAUUGGAACCAGAACCCACACCUGUGAUCGUAGUAGAUGACUUGGAAGCCAGCGCUCAUGACUUCUUACCUAACAUGAAAUUCCUCGUAGUCUUCGCUUUGGUUGCGGCAGUGGGCACAGCUCUGCCCGUGGAUCCCCAGAAUGAACGUUUCGCUGGCAUCAUCGGAGCAAUCAUUGCUGCAUUGAAACCCCGUCCACCAAUCUCUGUUGGACCCGCGAUCAUUGAAGAACAAAGCCCAAUUCACGUUGGUCCCGCUAUCGUUGAUGAAGAAAGCCCAAUUCACGUUGGCCCUGCCAUCGUCGAAGAGGAAAGCCCGAUCUCCGUUGGACCCGCCAUCGUCGAAGAAGAAAGCCCAAUCUCCGUUGGCCCCGCCAUCGUUGAGGAAGCUAAGCCCAAUCCCAUCUUCCCCUUCCCAAUCGACCUGAAAUCCCCACUCGUCCAAGUUGUCGUGAACGUUAACUCUGGAUCUCCAGCCGCCGCUGCACCAGUAGAGGAAUCUGAAAUCGACCCAACUCCAGUUAUCGUUGUUGACAAGCCCGAGAUCGAGCCUACCCCAGUCAUUGUUGUUGACAAACCCGAGGUCCCUGAACCAGUGAUCGUAGCUCCCAUCGAGCUCCCCGAGAUCGACCCUAGCCCAGUGAUUGUCGUCGAGGAGCCCGAGGUUCCUGAGCCCGUCAUCAUCGCUCCCAUCGAGGUCGCACCCGUCAUCACCCUCCCCGACGAACUUAACUAAAAUAUCCAACGCUAGAUAUAAGCAACUUACAUACAUAGGUAAAAGUUACCUAUUCAGUGCUUACAUACAUGAGUGGCUGAAACAUAAUUAACUAGUGCAACAGAACAUAAUUAGGAGAUUUGUACUAUAA